GCAGGAGAAGGAUAUUUGGCCCUUUGAGCCAGCACCGCCAUUCAAUAUGAUCAUGGCUGAUCAUCCAGAAUCAGUACCCUGUUCCUGCUUUCUCCCCAUACCCCUUGAUUCUGUAACCCUAAGAGCUAAAUCUAACUCUCUCAUUUUGGGAGUAGGGAAUAGAUAACUGGAAACAAGGCAAUGGCACAUAAUUUAAAUCUGUACUUUGUUUCAGUCUUUGUGGUGGAGGGCACUGUAUGGAUCUGAAAUAUAAUAUUUUAACUACUUUUAAAUAGCUUGGAAGAACAUUAACAAUUACUAUCAUGCAAGAUGAGGUAUUGGGGAAAAGUAAUAUGAUUAAAUAUGCAGCUGAAAAAAGUUAGAUAUGUAUAGUUUUUUAAUUUAAGCGUUUGUGGGGUGAUAUUAUUGAAACGUACAAGGCCCAGAGGGGUCAUGUUAGGAUAGAUGUCCAGUUGUCUUUCUGAAUUACAUGGGGCAGUUAUAUAAAACUGAAGUGGGCAGAUACGUCUGAUCUGGGAGUCUCUACCUGGGGGUUGUGUAGGCUGCAUCGCCAGAGGCAUUUAGAGAGGAGGUGGGACAAUGUUUUUUUGAAAGAUAGAGGAAUUAAGGGCUUUGGGGAAACUGUGUUAUCGCAACGUUUAAGGAACAUCCAGGCAGGUGAAUGGAUAGGAUGGGUUGAGAUGGAUAUGGGCCAAAUGCAGGUAGGUGGGACUAGUGUAGAUGGGACAUGUUGGUUGGUGUGGGCAAGUUGGGCCGAAGGGCCUGUUUCCACGCUGUAUCACUCUAUGACUCUCCGCACAGAAGAGAAGAUGAGGUCUGGGGCUGAUCAGCCAAAGACUUGAGGAACGACUACUAGCCCCAUGUCCUUGUGCUCCUCUAUGUUCUUCCUUGUGUAUCUGUUGAGUCACCAAACCAAGAGAGAGACCACCACUGGCUUCAAUCCAGUCCGCACUCCAAUCCCCAUGCCUCUAUACUGGUGACGGCCAAAGGGGAUUAAUCAAAGUAGUAUCUCUCGUGGGCCCUUUACCCUGAAGGGCUGAGGCUAAUGAUGAUGCUAUAAUAAUUUGGUGUUCUGGAAUAUUGCAUGCAAAAUGAUUUUGGUUUUUGUUUUUUCUGGUCAGGAGGAAACCCAGCUGUGGUGAUGAAUAUGUUGUGACCUGCAUCAGCUACCCUGAGGCAGCAGCAACAGUGAUAAUUAGUGGGAUUCCUUCCUCCUCGACAAGGUACGCCCACAGCUCAGAUUCCACCACUUUAGAUCCCAGUGCCUGACCUGGCCCCUGCCUCUGGAGUUGCUGCGAUCUGUGUUCACACAGUGUCUGAGACACACAAUCUAAGCCGAGUGUCGCUGGACUGGUCCACAUCAAAGAUGGGUGGAUUACAUCAUCUACUGCUCAUCACUGCACUUGGAGCCGCAGCUUCUGGCAGAAGCUUUGCAGAGAAUAACACGACGAUUCCAUCUCCCACAUUGGCGACACAAUACAAAACGCCAGUUGCAGCCAUCGUGGUUCCUUGUGUGGUCGGGGGCCUGCUGCUCAUCGCCAUCAUCCUCGCGCUGGGCAUCAUGAAGCUGAAGGGAAAACGGAGGGAGGAGGGCACGUACAACCCAAGCCAACUGGAGCAGAACGGAGCACGGGCAGUGCCCCAGCACGGCCUGAAGUUGCCUCCCGAGGAGCGGCUCAUCUAGCCAGGCGCCCAGAGACCGCUUGGCCCACGGAACUGAUGCUGGAAACAGUCGGAGCUAAAAAAGUCCAACACUGUCACUUGUUUUCUGUAGGGAAUUGUCAUUGAUUGAGUGUGAGAGAGAGAGAGGGACUUUGUGAUUUCUGCCCUUGUCAUGAAGGGCGAGAAGUGAAGGAUAUCCAGCUGAUUAUCUGAUGGUAUUCCCCCUUGACCGUGAUAUCUUUCCGAUAGCUGGGGACUACUGGAAUGAUGGGGUUUCACUGCCCAGCUAGUCUGGGGGGGAAUGUCAGUGGCCCAACCACAUGAACUGCUGGCUGGCCUAGGAUAACACCCAUGGUGGGACGAUAAGGACUCGAGGCAUUUCUCUGAGAUCUUUAGAUGGGACAACUAUGCUGAACUGGGGCUGUGUUGCAGACAUUCUCUCUUGAAAUUAGAAGCAGACAAUAAGCUAACCUCGUAGACCAAGUACCAGCAACGCAUCAAUCCCACGAUCAAAGCGGCAGCGCGGUGAAUUGAGAGUCGGCACGCGCAGCCACUGGUAACAAUUGUUAAUCCCACUAAUACCUGCGUCAUCCAUGGCCUUGCCUCCCUAUUACAGGCAAUCUCUCGCUACUCAAGUGGUGUCAAUGAGCCAACAUUGCCUGGUGGAAAGCCAUGCAUUUCAGCCGUGAUCUUUGCAUCACCAGGAACCUUCAUUGACUCAAUGACUUUGUAAUUUAAAAUAAUGUUAGUUUGUAUAUUUCUUUUCUAAAGGAAUCUGUACUGGACACUAAGACAAAGUGCUGGAGUAACUCAACGGGUCAGACAACGGGCUGAAGUAGGGUCCUUACCUGAAAGAUUCAGAGAUGCUGCCUGAUCUGCUGAGUUACUCCAGCACUUUGUAUCUAUUUAAGAUACAACAGCAUCUGCAAUUCCAUAUAACAACAAUUACAGCACGGAAACAGACAAUCUCGGCCCUACAAGUCCGUGCCGAACAUCUUCCUUGUGUCUUCACUGUAAUGGAAACUGCUGGUUUAUGCCUACUGUGUAUUAAUAGUUCAGCAAUAUUGCAGUAUAAUUUAGGAUGCACAGAUUCUGGUGCGGGGUUACCUUAUUCCCUGUUGUGCCACUAACGGGCCCUCUUUAGCCAAAGUGGGUCCUCUAAGGUAGAGAUAUUAGUCACUGGAAGAUGUCAAUGGGCGGAUGAAAAAGCAAUAUGAACACUACAGAAUGCAGAGAUGUAUGCGAGUUCCACAUACGUGGGAACGGGUAAGUGUUAAUACCUCAAUGGGAAAUUUUGAAUCACUUAUUUUUCUGUUGCUGAUUUUAAUGUAACAUUCUUGCACUAGAUAAUUAUUUAUAUUUUUAAAGACCUACCGUACAUUCAGCAAAGAGACCAGACCCCCUAUUCCCUAGAUUAUAGCUGUUUUCAACGGCAAUGUGUAGAUUUAAAUCUCUUCAAUGCUCGGAAGUUAAUUGCUGUUAUGUGAACACUGGACUAGUAUGUAUCUGGGGCCAAAGACCUCUGAUAUUAAGUAAACUGCACCUGUUUAUGCCACAAUCAAACUGAGAUUAAGACGUUCGUACUCUGAUAUUUUGGUGGCUUAUUUUUAAAGUCAGAAAUUGUACACGCACUCCAUGCUGUUUUAUUAAUACAUUUUGUAUGCACUUUGUCUAAAAGAAAAUCAUUUACUAUUUUUUAUGACUUUAUUUUUCUCGAUGAUUGAUUGUUCAAGUGGAUAAUAGAAUUUGAUAUUGUAAACUUGUCAUGUGUUCAUUCACUUCUUCACCAGGGCUUGUAUUUAGGAGAAACUUACUGGUAGCAACUUGAUCAGAGCAUUCAAUGUUUCAUUACAUGUAAUACCAUCAACUCAAGUGCUGACCAUUAAGGGGCCAGAAUCUAGGUUCAGUUAUAAUAACUGCCCAAUAAUAUUGCUUCAGCUGAACAACCAAUGUCGGUUAGUUUAGUGGAUCAUGAAUCAAAAGGUGAGAGUACUGUGCAGAAAUUGCUGUGGUUUUCAAAGCUCCACUCUUGUUAUAGUCUGGAGUAUGUGUGGUAGAACAUAGUUAUAACUGGUGCUUGAACUGGAGGCUGGGAAACUACAUAAAGCUGGUUCAAUAUCUACAAGCCCAUCCCCUAAUCAAUUCUAGAUACAUCUGAAUCAAAAAGAGUUGUAGAUGAGGAAGGGCCUCAACCCGAAACGUCACCCAUCCCUUCACUUCACAGAUGCUGCCUGUCCCUCUGAGUUACUCCAGCUUUUUGUAUCUAUCUUGUAGAUCGUGGAAAUCUGAAAUAAAAUCCAUUGCUGGGUGUAGGCAGCAGGUUUGGUGCCAUCAGGAGGGAGAGAAGAUGUUAAUGAUUCAGGUAAAGGAUCUUUCAUAAGGAAUUGGGGUAGAAUUAUGCCAUUCGGCCCCAUCAAGUCUACUCUACCAUUCUAUCAUGGCUGAUCUAUCUCUCCCUCCUAACCCCAUUCUCCUGCCUUCUCCCCAUAACCCCUGACACCAGAGGUUCUUUCAUCAGAACUGGAUAAGUUCUCUCUGUCAUUUUGUGUUUUGAUUUAAAAAAAAGAAAGAAAUAUAGACAAGAUUGGGGGGGAUUUUAACCCUGUGAGCAGGAGCAUUAAUGGUCCAGCUUACAUUCAUUUGUUCGAUGUUCGAUGUACCUAUUCAUAUCUGUUCCCUCUCCCCCGACUCUCCACCUGAAGAAGGGUCCCGACCUGAAACAUCAGCUAUUCCUUUUCUCCAGAGAUGCUGCCUGACCUGCUGAGUUACUCCAGCUUUUUGUGUCUAUUGUUGGUGCAAACUAGCAUCUGCAGUUCCUUCCUACACAGUCUUUAUAUUAUGUGUGAUAAUGAAUUUGCAC